AUGCUCGCAUCUCCUUUGCUUCCUUCUCCUCGCUUCGACGAAGGCACGAGCUACCGCCCUGCUAAGGACUUGGAUGCUUUCAACAAACUGCUUCCCCCUCCCAUAGAGUUUGUGGAAGGAUCUUCUUCGGGCCUUUUGGCGGUGGCUGAGGGCAAGUACCCCGCGAUCAACGAGAGUCCGAAAUCGGCGACCACAGCAGAGGCACAUGAACUCAAGCGCAGCGCUUCUGUCGCAUCUACCAAAGCCCAAAAGGCCUCUCAGACUGCCUUGUCCUCAUCCAAGACCCUUCUUGACAUUCCCGUCGAGACCGCUUGGCCAAGCGGCGCCACCAUCGGCUGCGGAUUAAACAACAUCGGGAAUACCUGUUUCUUGAACAGUGCCCUUCAAUGCCUCUUGCAUACGCCGCCGCUACUGCACGUUCUCUUGAAGCACUCGAAGGGUGAACCAUGUCGAGCUCCGAAGAACUCAUAUUGCACGAUUUGCGCUCUUCGCCAAGUGAUGACCGAGAUUUUCUCAAAAUCUCACCCCGUUACACCCUACCCCAUCACUACAAAGCUCCAAGUGAUCGCGAAGCAAAUGAGAAGAGGACGGCAAGAGGAUUCACACGAGUUCUUACGCUACCUCGUCGAUGCACUACAGAAGUCAUCUCUUGCAGGCCUUCCUGGAAAGGUUGACCCGAAGGUUGCGGAGAAGACCUGGGUUUACAAGAUCUUUGGCGGUCUCCUUCGCUCCCGCGUGAACUGCUUGUCCUGCGACUAUAACAGCGACACCUACGACAGGAUGCUGGACCUCAGUGUUGACAUUGCGGGCGUGGCAACCCUCAAGGAUGCGCUACGAAAAUUCGUUGCUGUGGACCGUCUGCGUGGAGCGGACAAGUACAAGUGCGAAAAGUGCAAGAAACCGGUCAACGCUGACAAGCGGUUCACCAUCGACGAAGCACCAGUGGUCCUCACUCUUCACUUGAAGCGAUUUUCACCCAUGGGCCGCAAGAUCCCGCAUCCAGUGAGCUACCCAGAGCGCCUCACCUUGCAGCCAUACAUGAGCGAUGGGAAAUUCGGCCCAUCAUAUUCCUUGUACGCCGUCAUCUCACACGCCGGCAGCGGGCCGAACUCCGGUCAUUAUUACGCCCACGUCAAGGGUGGCAACGGGACGUGGUACGAGAUGAACGACGAGUCCGUCAUGCGUCAGAGCAGCGCGCCCACAAACAUGAGGAGUGCAUAUAUGCUCUUCUACAUCCGCGAGAAGGGCCAGGCCCUCGAGGCUGCCGUCAACGGUAAGGCCGCCACCGCGACCCCGGCGACUCCUCCACCUGUGCCGCCCAAGACUGGACUUGUGGCCAACAUGAAGAAGCGGAAGAUCGUGGAAAGUGAGGACGAGGACGAUAAACCCAAGGCGGCGAAGACGCCCCGGAGGUUCAUAGGCCCACGCCUCCCCACGCCGCCGCCGCAGACGCCUGCAAAGGAGCCCCGGAAGGCGACAGACCCGCAGGCCGAGUCCUUGAAGAAGAAGAUCGCAGCAGCGGACUCCCAGAAGGCGAAGGGCGCUUUGCAAAGCCUCGGCCAGUAUGGUGACGACGAAGACGAAGACGACGUCGGGGAGAAGGUGCCGAGCAAGGACGAGAAGGACGAUUAUAAGCCUGCCCCCGCUUCUUCGUCUGCGUCUGCACAAGCUAUUGCCGAUUCCACAUCCGCACCCCCUCUCCCCCCUACCGCAGCCUCGUCCGAGAAGCCCAUACCCCCAGCGUCCUUCUACGGCACGCCCACCUCCAAUUCGAACGACAAGAAGCGGAAGAGUCCCGACGGCGACGACGACGAGGCAUCAUUGACCACCUGGGCCCGGACGCCGAUCUCCCCACCCACGUCGUCGAAGAAGGAGCGUCGCAUGGGCAGCGCGAACCCGUUCAGCCGAUUGAAGGGGAGCAACAACCUCAAGGACCGGCGAGAGCCCUCGAGCUCCCCCGCCGGCCGCUUCCGCAAGAAGCGGUUCUUGAUGUAG